UGUGGACGUGGUAUACUUGGACAGAAGGGUGGCGGUGGACGUGGUAUACUUGGACAGAAGGGUGGUGGUGAACGUGGCGGUGGAUGUGGUAUACUUGGACAGAGGGGUGGUGGUGGAUGUGGUAUACUUGGACAGAGGGGUGACGGUGCAUGUGGUAUACUUGGACAGAGGGUAGGCGGUGGAUGUGGUAUACUUGGACAGAGGGGUGACGGUGCAUGUGGUAUACUUGGACAGAGGGUAGGCGGUGGAUGUGGGUGGUAUACUUGGACAGAGGGGUGGUGGUGGAUGUGGUAUACUUGAACAGAGGGAUGGCUGUGGAUGUGGCAUACUUGGAGAGAGGGGUGGCGGUGGAUGUGGUAUAUUUGGACAGAGGGGGGGCUGUGGACGUGGUAUACUUGGACAG